AUGGGAGUGGUGGAAGGGAAGAGUAGAACGCAUGACAGUGAUGAGGACAGCUCUGAUCGUGAUGACCGGUAUGAUGGGAAAAUUACUAAGCGCAAAGCAACAGAAAAGGACCCAGAGUCUUCCACUGACGAUAGUGAUGACAGUAUCAGUGAUGAUUCUAAGGAGGAAAGCAGUGACAGUGAUUCAGGCAGCAGUAGUAGUGAUUAUAGACAUGAGAGAAAAGAUACGAAUAAGUCCAUGAGGAAAAGAAAAAGUGGUGAUGGAGUUGAUGCGAACGCCAAAGGUGAGCGCGGUGCGUAUGGAAGUGAUCAUAGAAGAAAGGAAAGAAGUGAUCUCUACAAUGAUGAUGAUGGUGUUUUGGGCACAUUGAAGAACUUAGAGAACAAACUGUACCAGUCGAGGGGAACUGUUAUGCAUGGGUCUGGCUUUGAUGCUUAUAACGUUGUUGAUUUUCUUGAAAGAGCCUGUGAAGGAUCUGGGUCGAUAUCCAAAAGAGAAGGCCAAAAUCGAAGCGGUUUCGACUACUUCUCCUUGUCUGAGCCACAGUUGCAGGCUCAUGCUCAGUCCUUUGCCCAGUUACAUAGCGCUGGGACUAGUAAUUUGGGCGCUUCCUUGCCCUCUGUUUCGACACCAGGUACGGGGAGUGCCAAGCGGGGUAGUCAGAAACCACCUUCACGGCUGCAUGGUUCGGCCAAUGCUACUAAUCCAGCUUCUCCAUUUAAGACCAUGGAGCUGACCCCUGCAGCCCGGAGGAAGAAGCCAAAGCUUCUAGAAAAGCAAAUACCUGAUAAAAUUGCCGCCCUAGCGCCGAAGUCUGCUAUUUAUACACAGUUGGCUGCAUGA